UUAUAUACAGAAUCAUCAGUAACUAUGAAACUUCUUCAUACUACAUUAGUUUUUCUUCCUCUUCUCCUUUUUCCCAUCUUGGCUUCAUGCAAUGAUAAACAGGUUUACAUAGUGUAUUUUGGAGAACACAAUGGGGAGAAAUCACUGCAUGAAAUCGAAGAAACCCACCACUCAUAUCUACAGUCUGUGAAGGAAAGUGAGGAAGAUGCCAAAUCCUCUCUUCUCUACAGUUACAAGCAUAGCAUCAAUGGCUUUGCUGCUGUGCUGUCCCCUGAUGAAGCCUCCAAAUUAUCUGAAUUGGAGGAAGUGGUGUCUGUGUAUCCUAGUGAUCCAAGAAAAUACUCACUGCAAACAACAAGAUCAUGGGAAUUUGCAGGCUUACAAGAGGUAGUACCUGAAGCCACCUUGAACAGAGAGGAUUUGCUGCUGAAAUCUAGUUUUGGGAAAAAUGUCAUUAUUGGGAUUCUUGACAGUGGUUUGUGGCCAGAAUCUGAGAGCUUCAAAGAUGAUGGGCUGGGACCGAUUCCUAAAUCAUGGAAAGGAAUCUGCCAAUCUGGAGAUGCAUUCAACUCCUCUAAUUGCAACAAGAAGAUAAUUGGCGCCAAAUACUACCUCAAGGGCUACGAAAGCUACUAUGGCCCACUAAACAGGACACUAGACUACAAGUCUCCCCGCGACAAGGAUGGCCACGGAACGCACACGUCCUCCACCGCCGCCGGCCGGAGAGUGGAAAACGUCUCCGCCCUGGGCGGCUUCGCCGCAGGCAUAGCCUCGGGCGGCGCGCCGCUCGCCAGGCUAGCCAUGUACAAAGUUUGUUGGGCGGUUCCGGCGAAGGGCAAAGAAGAGGGGAACACGUGUUUCGAAGAGGACAUGCUAGCGGCCAUCGAUGAUGCGAUAAGGGACGGUGUGGAUGUGAUCAGCAUUUCCAUCGGGACCAACCAGCCCACGCCGUUUAAUCAAGACUCCAUCGCGAUCGGCGCGCUCCACGCGAUUAAGAAGAACAUUGUUGUCUCGUGUAGCGCCGGGAAUUCCGGGCCCGCGCCGGCUACGUUGUCCAAUACGGCUCCGUGGAUCAUGACCGUCGGCGCCAGCAGCGUGGAUAGAGCAUUCUUGGCUCCGGUUUUACUGGGGAAUGGAAAGAAAUUAAUGGGACAAACUGUCACACCAUACAAGCUGAAGAGAAAAAUGUACCAUCUGGUUUAUGCAGGGCAGGUGGUGAAAUCAAAUGUAUCCAAAGAUCUUGAAGGGCAAUGUCUACCAGAUUCACUGUCACCUGAAAAAGCCAAGGGAAAGAUUGUGAUGUGCCUGAGAGGGAAUGGGACUAGGGUGGGAAAGGGAGGGGAAGUGAAAAGGGUGGGUGGAGUUGGAUUCGUACUCGGAAACAGCAAAGCGAACGGAGCUGAACUCGCAGCUGAUGCUCAUCUCCUUCCAGCCACUGCAGUGGACUAUGAAACUGCACAGCAAAUUCUCGAGUACAUUGAGUCUUCGAAGGAGCCGAAAGCCUAUAUCUUCCCCGCUCACACAGUUCUGAAUGCAAAGCCUGCACCGGUUAUGGCCGCCUUCACUAGCAGAGGGCCGAGUACAAUUGCGCCUCACAUUCUUAAGCCGGAUAUAACUGCGCCUGGGCUGAAUAUAUUGGCUGCGUGGAGUGAAGGAUCAUCACCUACAAAGCUCGAUAUUGAUCACAGAGUGGUGAAGUAUAAUAUCUUGUCGGGAACUUCCAUGUCUUGCCCCCAUGUAGGUGGAGCCACCGCACUUCUCAAGGCCAUUCAUCCUGACUGGAGCAGUGCUGCAAUCCGCUCAGCUCUUAUUACUUCAGCUGGGUUGCGAAACAACGUGGGAAAGCAAAUAACUGAUGCAAACGGCUCCCCAGCAGAUCCAUUCCAAUUCGGGGGAGGACAUUUUAGGCCAUCCAAAGCUGCAGAUCCUGGACUGGUUUACGACGCCUCAUACACUGAUUAUCUUCUCUUCCUUUGUGCGUAUGGAGUGAAGGGCGUCGUCCCAUCCUUCAAGUGCCCCGAGCAUGCUCCUUCACCUUCCAACCUCAACUAUCCCUCCGUUGCCAUUCCCAAACUCGAAGGGAGAGUGACUGCCAAGAGAACCGUCACAAAUGUUGGCAGUGACAGAAGUCUUUACUUUGCUAGAGUUCAGCCUCCAUUGGGAUUCUCUGUUGAAAUCUCUCCUCCCAUCCUGUACUUCAGCCACGCGGGCCAGACAAAGAGCUUUACUGUUACUGUUAAAGCACGCAGAGAUAUGAAGAAGAGCGUUGAGAAACACCAGUACGAGUUUGGAUGGUUUACCUGGAAUGAUGGACUCCAUACUGUUAAAAGUCCCAUUGCAGUGUCAUUGGCAUAGUUUUUAGCAUAUGACAUUUAGAUCUCAGGCUUUUUUUUACCACCUUGGAUUCUCAUUAGACAGAUAUAGUCUGAAAUGUCAACAUAAGAAAGAUCCAAUUCUAGAAAAGGUUCGACUUUAUUACUCAAA